UGGGAGAUAACUGUUGGAAUGCUAAUAAGAAACAGAAAGUUCUAACCUCGGUUUUUCAGCAGUAGUCGGGGGACUUUUAGUCCGCUAUGUAGUUUGUUUGCCCGCAGAUCACCCCAUUGCUCGGAAUCUGGCUACAUUUUUUUAUCGUGGGUGUCAUUUGACUGCAGAAUCUGGUACAAGAGUGAAAGCGGGAGAAGAAAGAGUGGUGGUCAACCACUUACUUGACAACCCGAAUCUAAAAUUACGUCAUGGAAGUAUUUGGGAAUUGAUGAAUUCAUCUUGCUUAGAGUUGUGGGUGCCUUCAAGUGUAGACUGAUUCGGGAAAUUAUCUUUACUUGAAAACUGUGAUUUGGGGCCUGUAACAAUGUCCACCACAGCAAACCAGAGCCGCCCGGCCACCGGCGGCAUCCCAUGGAAUCAAGACGCCGAGUCCCUCUUCCGCACGAAACCCAUCUCCGAGAUCCGAACCAUUGAGGCCACCACUAGGAAGCAAAUCAAGGACAAGAGCCAGGAGCUCCGCCAGCUGGUCGGCAACCGUUACCGUGAUCUAAUCGACUCAGCCGACUCAAUCGUUGCCAUGAAGUCGUCUUGCGAGUCCAUCUCCGCCAACAUUUCCGCCAUUCACAAUGCCAUUCUCCACUCUCUCUCCUCUCCUGACACUGCCCCACGAGCCUCCUCCUUUGACCCUGCUCGAGCCCCUGCUUAUGGAAUGGCUUGCAGGGUAAAGUAUCUUGUCGACACCCCGGAAAACAUUUGGGGCUGCCUCGAUGAAUCAAUGUUCCUCGAGUCCUCUGCCCGUUACAUUCGGGCAAAGCUCGUGCACUCCAAUCUGCUAGCCUCUAAGGAUAGCAAGAACGUGCUCUCCAGUUUCCCUCUUCUUCAGCACCAGUGGCAGAUAGUCGAGGGUUUCAAGGCCCAGAUCUCGCAGAGGAGUCGAGAGCGGCUUUUGGAUCAAUCGAUUGGUCACGGGAUAAGCGCGUAUGCAGAUGCCUUGGCUGCUGUAGCCAUCACGGACGAGCUCGAGCCGAAGCAGGUCUUGACUCUGUUCGUAGACUCGAGAAAAUCGAUCAUUUGGCAGAAGCUUAGCGCGUGUGGCCGUGAUGAUGGUGCGGGUAGUUCUGGAGUGAUCUCCACCUUGUGUGAUAUCAUGAAGAUAAUUCAGAUCACGGUUUGUCAGGUGGGGGAAUUGUUCCUGCAGGUACUGAAUGAUAUGCCUUUGUUCUAUAAGACCAUUCUGGAUACUCCCCCGGCUUCACAGUUAUUCGGUGGCGUACCUAACCCGGAUGAGGAGGUGAAGCUGUGGAAUUUGUUUAAGGAGAAGCUGGAGUCUGACAUGGUGUUGCUGGGCAGGGAUUUUAUUUCAGGGACUUGUUCUGACUGGCUUAGGAACUGUGGCAAGGAGAUUACUAGCAAGAUCGGUGGAAGGCACUUGAUAGAUGUGGUCACGAGUGGCUCGGAGCUUUCUUUGGCCGAGAAGUUGAUAAGGGAGACCAUGGACAGCAAACAGGUCUUGGAAGGUAGCUUGGAGUGGCUGAAGAGUGUUUUCGGUUCCGAGAUUGAGCUGCCGUGGAAAAGGACUCGAGAGCUUGUGCUGGGUGAGGACUCCGAUAUAUGGGACGAUAUCUUUGAGGAUGUUUUUGCUCAGAGGAUGAAGGGGAUUAUAGAUACGCAAUUUGACGAGUUGCGGAGAGUUGUUGAUGUGGCGGAUUCAGUCCGAUCAAUAGCAAAACCUCUUGCGGAUCUUGCUGGUUCUGAAGAUUACCUGAAUAGAUUUCAAAGUAGUGGUGGGGUUUGGUUCGUGAAUCCCAAUGGGAAGAAGCUAGGUUCUAUUCCUGGAACGAAAUUGCACCAGCCUCAAGAAAAUGAUUUUGCGAGCUGUAUCAGCACUUAUUUUGGCCCUGAAGUGAGCCGGAUAAAAGAUGCCGUGGAUAUUUGUUGUCAUAAUGUUCUUAAGGAUCUCCUCAGUUUCAUGGAAUCACCAAACGCGCUACGUAGGCUGAGGGAUUUGGCGCCGUAUGUACAAAACAAGUGUAGUGAAAGUCUGUCGGCCAUCUUAAAACAGCUCAAGAAUGAACUCGACAGCCUAUACUGUGAUCUAGAAAAUGAGAAUGAAGAUGAAAAGUCUUCACUUUCUUCUGCUAUACUCGUUGAGCGAUCAUUAUUUGUCGGGAGACUUCUCUUUGCAUUUCAGAAGCACGCUAGACAUAUACCCAUAAUACUUGGUUCCCCGAGGUCAUGGGUGAGUGAAGUUUCUGGUGCUGCUACUUCAUCCCUGAUUGGCUUGAAAAAUGCUAGGGUGGCCAGUGACUCGAAAAUGAUUGAUGGUCAUGGGAGAAGAAUGCUUGAUUCCAGCACGAAACAGGCUUCACUAGUGACUGGUGCGCUAUUCGGAGCGGAUGACAAGUUGAGCCCACAUCUUGAAGAAUUAAGGCAGACAACCAAAGAUCUUUGCAUCAGAGCUUACAAUCUGUGGAUAUCAUGGGUUGCUAGUGAACUUUCAAAUAUUUUUUCAAGAAAUCUGAAACGGGAUGAUGCCUUGUCUUCCACUGCUCCAGUCAGAGGUUGGGAGGAGACAGUGGUCAAGCAGCAAGAACAAUCGAGUGAUGGCCAGUCGGAGAUGAAGAUAUCUCUUCCUUCAAUGCCUUCUCUAUACGUGACUUCAUGUUUAUUUUAUGCAUGUGAAGAGAUUCACCGUGUUGGUGGGCAUGUACUUGAUGUAGCAAUUCUGCAGAACUUUGCCAAAACGCUAUUUGAUAAGGUUCUUGGGAUUUAUGAUGACUUCCUGUCAACUGAAGUUUUUAGGUCGCAAGUUUCAGAGAAAGGUGUUUUACAAGUGUUAUUCGAUUUGAAAUUUGCUUCUGAUAUCCUGUCUGGGGGUGAUUUUCAUGCAAAUAAGGAUGCAUUUGAAAUCACAAGCGUGAAAUCCCCUUAUAGGAGGAAGCAGAAAGCACAGUCACAAAAUUCGUUAAUGGGACAACGCACUAAGGAGUUGGUGAAUCUCCUUUCACAGAGGCUUGAUCCCAUAGAUUGGCUCACGUAAGUUGUUAAACCAAGUUUUCUUUGGGAAACAACAUUUUGCAUUUACACCGCCCGAUAAAAUUUUGGCUGACUAUGGUUGAGGUUAUGACCAGGUUCUCUUUGCCUUUUGAUGUUUUAACUGUCAUAUACCAUUACUACUAUCAAACGAAUGUAAAUUUCAGAAUAGAAGUUACGCAAUAAAAUCUAUGCAGGUAAGAUAAUGUUGACAGCAGUCUUCAUAUAGGGACAACAUUUUCUAGCAUUCUAACGUCCUUCUAUUUUUGGCUGCAUAUUGUGGUUUUGUAUGAGCCAUAUCUUUGGGAGAACGAGAGACAGGCAUACCUUAGGCAUAGUGUCCUCUUUGGUUUCUUUGUGCAACUUAAUAGAAUACAUACGGACUCUGUACAGAAGCUCCCCACUAACUCUGAAUCAAACAUCAUGCGCUGUUCUGUAGUGCCUCGGUUCAAAUACCUUCCCAUCAGUGCUCCAGCAUUAUCCAUAAGGAAUGCAGCCAGAACAUCCGUGUCGACAUCCGUGGAUGAUGCUUACUCGAGAAAUUCCUGGAAAAGUUACAAAAGUGACGAGGUGUCUCGAAGUUCUGAUGUCGAUGAGGACUCGAGUUUAGGGGUGGCCGCACCCUUUUUGAAGUCCUUUAUGCAGGUCGGUAGCAGAUUUGGGGAGAGCACACUAAGGCUGGGGUCGAUAUUAACGGAUGGGCAAGUUGGAAGAUUUGGGGAUAUAUUACCUGCUCAGGCAGCUGGACUUCUUUCAUCAUUAACUGCUGCUAGAACAGAUUCUUGACCGGCACACUUUACCACUGCCCAUCAAAACAGUGGGGCUUAUUUUUCCAUAUUGUUCAUGCUUUGAGGCAUGAACAUCGUAAAUUCACGGGAUUGAGCAGAGCAGCUGUUUUGUGUUUUCAGAUUUGAGUAAAUUGCCUACACCUUUGUUGCUGUAUAUCACGUGUUGGGAAAUCUAAGCACGAGAGGGAAAAAGCUGAACGAGUUCCUAAGCUGAUUUUAAGCCACAAUUUNAUUAUAU